AUGGUGCCGAAGCCGGCUAUCCAACGCAAGCCGGUUAGAAGAAGUAGGCUUUCGUCCGGUAUGGUCCAGAGAGCACGGGAUCCGGGAGAAAGUCAAAUUCCCGGGGAUAUAGGAGAGCACAUGGAUGCAAAUACUUAUCAUUUUGAUGAGUUGAUUGGGCCUCUGAGCAGCCUGCUUUGGCUAGCCGGCCUCGACGGACUGGAAGCAGUUUUCAACCCUGCUAUUGCCUUGGAUGACAAAGUAAAGACCAUCCCGAUCAACGUGGGCGUUAUGUGGAUUCUCGAACAUCUCUUCGGUAAGGGCAAGCUCCCUGAGUCGCUAUACGACCGAUAUUUCUUUGAAAACCAUCAACCACUCUACCGGCACACAGAGACGUGUCACGGACAGUUGCAACAAGGUAUAGAGGAUGUGACGCGCUGCAAGCAUCUCUAG